GUGUACAAAACAUGUACAGGAAGCUGAUUGUUUUUAUUUUACAUGCAAAGCAAUAAUCCAAACCACCUCUACAACUUCCAAAGUGGGGAAAAGAGAGACUUCUCAUUCCUUCAAAAGCUCCAACCAAACACAAUCUGAAUGCAUCUUUACUUUUGAUAAGCAGAGGAGUGUUACUUUCUUUCGUCCUAAUACCAUGGCUGAUGCUUUUGCUGCCUUCACCCGAACACAAUCGUCAAAGGCAAGUAGCGUACUUCCUCCCCCUAAUGUCUCUCGUUUGGCCUCAACAGCUCGCAUUUCUCUCACCCCAGCUGAGGUUUGGUCAACUCCAAGCUGUUGAUCUUGGAAGUAUUGAGCCAUCCAUUAGAGCAGAUACCGAAGGCGAUAGCUUGCGGGAUGAUGUGCCUGAAUGUUUUGAAAACAGGUACGAUAUUAAACUUGUCAAUAUUAUCUAGUUACCGAUUUAUCAUAGUUGAUGGAUUUGCAUGCUUUCUCGUCCUACUUCAAACACAUCAAAUUUUUUCUGGACAGGGAAGCCAUUAUAGAUGCAUUCCCAAGCUAUGAGGAGCCUUAUAUCAAUGUCCCCAAAGUGCUGAACAAGGAAUAAUUUUCUCACAGCAUCCCAGCCAUAUGCUAUAGUCCUUAUAUAUUGUACCAUUCUCAUUUACUUGAAAUAAUUUUUUAAUGAUUAUGGCUUUAGUUGGUUGAAGGAGAAAUGUUUUGUUUGAAGCAUUUCCCUAGAUUCUUUGAAUUUGAAUGGAAUAUUUAAAAGAGGAAGUCUUGCUAUUUACCCAAUUACCCGUUCUAUUUUUCUUUUUGAAGGGGCUAAGCAUUUAUACUAUAG